CUUCCUGUGAGACUUGACCGAAAAGCGUAAAGACAACGAAGGUAAGACGCCAUUUCUCACCGUUUUAAUACAUUUGGUUUGAAAUAAUAAUUGAAUCGACGGCACAAAUUAUUAUUAUUUUAUUCCAGUGCAUGAGCGGUUUAUGCUCAACACAAUAUAAUCGGGUCGGUCCCAUAUUCUCCGAUUAUUUUCCGGUCAAAUUCGGCGUAAAUCGUUAGACAUAGGAAAAUGGACGAGACGGACUCGGCAACGAAGGGACUAGUGUUGGACGAGGAGUCCAUAGACGCUGCCGGAGAGCCGGUGGAGGAGGGGGUGGAUUCGGAUACUGAGUCGGAGGCCGAAGUCACCACGAUGACAGUAAUGGGAGAACCGGGGAACAUCGAGAUUGGGACCGAGUCCUUGCCGAACUCUGACGAUGCCGAGACAGCUUUUGCAGAAGUCACAACAGUCACUGUGGGGGAUGUCCAAGCAGCCGAGGACAAUGUGUUCACUGCCACCUCAGCCUCCAUACCAGAGCAUGUUCUUACUGGCAGGACCACCCUACAGAUUGGCGACGGUCUCAAUCCCCAGAAGGCCACUCUGAUAGUGGUUCAUACUGAAGGAAUAGUGGACGCAACAGGACUGAAGAACGCUGCAGCCGCCAUGUCCUCUGCCCCCCAGACUCCCCCCACCCCAAUGAAUCCAGGGCAGGAGAAAGAUGGCUCCAAGUACAACUGGGAUCCAUCUGUGUACAACAACGAGCUGCCAGUGCGCUGCAGGAACACCAGUGGCAUGUUGUACAAGAACAGACUGGGCUCAGGUGGAAAGGGACGCUGCAUCAAGCACAGCAACCACUGGUACACGCCCACUGAGUUUGAGGGCAUGUCUGGCCGGGCGAGCAGCAAGGACUGGAAGAGAAGCAUCCGCUAUGCAGGCCGUCCCCUGCAGUGCCUAAUCCAGGAGCGCAUCCUCAACCCCCAUGCCGCGUCCUGCACUUGUGCGGCCUGCUGUGACGACCUCUCGUUGUGUACCAAGGAUAGUCCAUCUUACGCAGGGGAGAACAUUAAUAUGACUGGCCCGGUCAGACUCUUUGUUCCUUACAAGAGACGCAAGAAGGAGAACGAGCAGCCGACCACUCCAGAGAAGAAGGACCUCCCCCUCCCACCGCCCAAGAACAUCACACUGGCACCGGGGGCAACAUUCACAGUGUCUCCGUCAGGCCAGAUCACCACGUCAGGGACCCUGACCUUCGACCGGACGUCUCCCGGGGACGCCACAGCCCUUCUCUCUGAGGGCACGGCACAUGGCGAGGUCUUCACCAGCACAGAAGUGUUGACAGCGCUACCGGCACUGGCCAUGGCCCCCCAGGCCAAGGUGGAGUCUCCAUCCUCAUCCCCGGGGCUGGUGAACGGGGGGCUGGAGGUGUCUGGGGUCAGGGAGGGCCAGAGGACAUGGCUUUACCUGGAGGAGACGGCCAACAGCCUGCUGAGCACGGUGCAGCAGCUCAAGGCACUGAUCGACCAGGCCAAGCAGGCCUGCCACUGCCAGGCAGGCCAUGAUGCCUUCAGCCAGGACAAGAUCCACGGCAGCAGGAAGGAGUGUACACUCACCCAGCCCUUCCAGAGUCAGAUAUCAUUCCAGCACCCAGAUGACCCAGAGGGGAAGAGAGGCUCAGAAAUUACAGAGAUCAUCAUCAAGCAAAUGUGCGUGAACUGUGGACGGGAGGCCAUGAGCCAAUGCACGGGAUGCCACAAGGUCAACUACUGCUCCACCUUCUGUCAGAGAAAGGACUGGAAGGAGCACCAGCACAACUGCUGCCAGACCAGUGGGGCUGUGGCUGUCCAGGAGGAGGUGCCCAUGUCAACCAUAGACAUGGACAAAGUCAAGGUCUAGCAGGUAUAGACACUGAAAACAGAUUCUGUAAAAACAGCAAAGUCCUCCUUUCAAUACCUUGGAGACUUGAGCACGGCCUCUCAUUCAGAACUCAGCCAGCUGGAAUUUAAGUGCUGCUGCUGCUCUUUUCAAUACAUCAAAGAUAGUUGCUAGACUUUGUCAUGUCCCUAGAGCAUGCAUUUGAUGAUAGCUGGGAUUUAUUUUACACCAAACAGAGGUUUUGCAGUAUGCUAUUACAUUGUCUCCUGUCUGAAGAAAUAAAUGUGAAGAUUUUGACUCCUGAAAACACAACAUUACACCCCGGGACCUCUGUCAAUGUGUUUCCUCUAACAAAUGCAGCCCCGAGGCCUGUGUGCUUCAGAUGAUCAAGUAUUUGAAGAGUAGUGAUUGCUUCCCUCAACCCACACUGGUGUCUAGUUAGAUUUGUAAAUGUAUCAAUUACUAAAUGACUGUACGUUUCAAAUGUAGUCCACUACCAGGGUUUAAAAACACAGAAUGCCUGUUGCCGAAAAAAGACUUGCUCUAUCAAUACAUUUAUUUUAUUUAACAUGUUUUAUGUAUUACAUUGCCUCUGUCCUACGUUGAAUGGAGCAGGACAGGCUGGUAAACAACUGUAGGUUAUACACUGCUCAAAAAAAUAAAGGGAACACUUAAACAACACAAUGUAACUCCAAGUCAAUCACACUUCUGUGAAAUCAAACUGUCCACUUAGGACGCAACACUGACAAUACAUUUCACAUGCUGUUGUGCAAAUGGAAGACAACAGGUGGAAAUUAGUCAAUUUUACAAGACACCCCCAAUAAAGGAGUGGUUCUGCAGGUGAUAACCACAGACCACUUCUCAGUUCCUAUGCUUCCUGGCUGAUGUUUUGGUCACUUUUGAAUGCUGGCGGUGCUUUCACUCUAGUGGUAGCAUGAGACGGAGUCUACAACCCACACAAGUGGCUCAGGUAGUGCAGCUCAUCCAGGAUGGUACAUCAAUGCGAGCUGUGGAAAGAAGGUUUGCUGUGUCUGUCAGCGUAGUUUCCAGAGCAUGAAGGUGCGACCAGGAGACAGGCCAGUACAUCAGGAGACGUGGAGGAGGCCGUAGGAGGGCAACAACCCAGCAGCAGGACCGCUACCUCCGCCUUUGUGCAAGGAGGAGCACUGCCAGAGCCCUGCAAAAUGACCUCCAGCAGGCUACAAAUGUGCAUGUGUCUGCUCAAACGGUCAGAAACAUACUCCAUGAGGUUGGUAUGAGGGCCCGACGUCCACAGGUGGGGGUUGUGCUUACAGCCCAACACCUUGCAGGACGUUUGGCAUUUGCCAGAGAACACCAAGAUUGGCAUUGGCCACUGGUGCCCUCUGCCCUUCACAGAUGAAAGCAGGUUCACACUGAGCACAUGUGACAGACGUGACAGUCUGGAGACGCCGUGGAGAACGUUCUGCUGCCUGCAACAUCCUCCAGCAUGACCGGUUUGGCGGUGGGUCAGUCAUGGUGUGGGGUGGCAUUUCUUUGGGGAACCGCACAGCCCUGCAUGUUCUCGCCAGAGGUAGCCUGACUGCCAUUAGGUACCGAGAUGAGAUCCUCAGACCCCUUGUGAGACCAUAUGCUGGUGCGGUUGGCCCUGGGUUCCUCCUAAUGCAAGACCAUGCUAGACCUCAUGUGGCUGGAGUGUGUCAGCAGUUCCUGCAAGAGGAAGGCAUUGAUGCUAUGGACUGGCCCGCCCAUUCCCCAGACCUGAAUCCCAUUGAGCACAUCUGGGACAUCAUGUCUCGCUCCAUCCACCAACGCCACGUUGCACCACAGACUGUCCAGGAGUUGGCGGAUGCUUUAGUCCAGGUCUGGGAGGAGAUCCCUCAUGAGGCCAUCCGCCACCUCAUCAGGAGCAUGCCCAGGCAUUGUAGGGAGGUCAUACAGGCACGUGGAGGCCACACACUACUGAGCCUCAAUUUGACUUGUUUUAAGGACAUUACAUCAAAGUUGGAUCAGCCUGUACUGUGGUUUUCCACUUUAAUUUUGAGUGUGACUCCAAAUCCAGACCUCCAUGGGUUGAUAAAUUUGAUUUCCAAUGAUCAUUUUUUGUGAUUUUGUUGUCAGCACAUUCAACUAUGUAAAGAGAAGUAUUUAAUAAGAAUAUUUAAUUCAUUCAGUUAUUUUAGUGUUCCCUUUAUUUUUUUUGAGGAGUGUAUAUAAAACACAAUGACAAAUAAAUGACCUUGUUGAUUGUC